AUGACCCUGGCAGUCACCGUUGCUGAUGUUGACAUUGUGGGAAAUGCCAAGACCCACCCGAUGUGGGGAGGAUCCGUGAAGGCAGAAGCAGAGUUCUCUGAGGCAGAAGGAGCUCCGUCAGAGGAAGGUCAGAGGGCGCAGGUCCCGGAGUGUGCCCACGAUGGCAGCGAAGAGACGUUAUCAAGCCGUAUUCUUUGCAGAGAAGUGGAAAUGCUCUCUCAACCUCUGGUUCAGUCUUCGUUUUCCUUUGAGGAGGUGGCCGUGUAUUUCACCGUGGCGGAGUGGGGCCUGCUGGAUCUGGGCCAAAAAGCCCUCUACAGGGAAGUCAUGCUGGAGAACUAUGGGAGUGUGGCUUUUCUAGCAGGAGAUGAUCAGAGGAAUGAGGAGGAUGAGGAACUGCAUCAUCUGUCAUCCGAUGAAAUCAAGAAUGAAGAUCAUCAAAGAACCCAAACAGUGGAGAAGCCUAUUGAAUGCUCACAGUGUGGGAAGAGAUUCAGUCACAGUAGCAAUCUUCUAAAACACCAAAGAACACACACAGGGGAGAAGCCUUAUGAAUGCUCAGAGUGCGGGAAGAGAUUCAGUCAGAACAGCAAUCUUCAAAGUCAUCUAAGAACUCACACAGGAGAGAAACCUUUUGAAUGCUCAGAGUGUGGGAAGACAUUCAGCUACAAUAGCAAUCUUCAAAGUCAUCAAAGAGCCCACACAGGAGAGAAACCUUUUGAAUGCUCAGAGUGUGGGAAGAGAUUCAGUCAUAACAGUAGUCUUCAAAGUCACCUAAGAACCCACACUGGGGAAAAGCCUUUUGAAUGCUCAGAGUGUGGGAAGGGAUUCUGCUACAGUGGCCAUUUUCAACUUCAUCUAAGAACCCACACAGGAGAGAAACCUUUUGAAUGCUUAGAGUGUGGGAAGAGAUUCAGUCAUAACAGUAGUCUUCAAAGUCACCUAAGAACCCACACUGGGGAAAAGCCUUUUGAAUGCUCAGAGUGUGGGAAGAGAUUCAGUCAGAGUAGCAAUCUUCAAAGUCAUCACAGAACCCACACAGGGGAAAAGCCUUUUGAAUGCACAGAGUGUGCGAAGAGAUUCAGUCGGAGUGGCAAUCUUCGAAGUCAUCAAAAAACCCACACAGGGGAGAAGCCUUUUAAAUGCUCAGAGUGUGGGAAGAAAUUCACUGACAGUAGCACUCUUCAACAACAUCUAAGAACCCACAAAAGGGAGAAGCCUUUUGAAUGCUCACAGUGUGGGAAGAGAUUCAGCCACAGUUGCUAUCUUCAACUGCAUAAAAGAUCCCACACAGGGGAGAAGCCUUUUGAAUGCUCAGAGUGUGGGAAGAGAUUCAGUCAGAACAGCAAUCUUCAAAGUCAUCUAAGAACUCACACAGGAGAGAAACCUUUUGAAUGCUCAGAGUGUGGGAAGACAUUCAGCUACAAUAGCCAUCUUCAAAAGCAUCAGAGAAACCACAAAGGAGAGAAACCUUUUGAAUGCUCAGAGUGUGGGAAGAGAUUCAGUCAUAAUAACAAUCUUCAAAGUCAUCUAAGAGCCCACACAGGAGAGAAACCUUUUGAAUGCUCACAGUGUGGGAAGAGAUUCAGUCAGAACAGUAGUCUUCAAAGUCAUCUAAGAACCCACACAGGGGAAAAACCUUUUGAAUGCACGGAGUGUGGGAAGAGAUUCAGUUGGAGUAACAAUCUUCGAAGUCAUCAAAAAACCCACACAGGGGAGAAGCCUUUUGAAUGCUCAGAGUGUGGCAAGAGAUUUAGUGACACUAGCAAACUUCUCAGUCAUCUAAGAACCCACACAGGGGAGAAGCCUUAUGUAUGCUCAGAGUGUGGGAAGAGAUUCAAACACAGCAGCAGUCUUCAAAAGCAUCAUAGAACCCACACAGGGGAGAAGUCUUUUGAAUGCUCAGAGUGUGGGAAGAGAUUCAGUCAGAACAGUAGUCUUCAAAGUCACCUAAGAACCCACACUGGGGAAAAGCCUUUUGAAUGCUCAGAGUGUGGGAAGAGAUUCCGCUACAGUGGCCAUUUUCAAUUUCAUCUACGAACCCACACAGGGGAGAAGCCUUUUGAAUGCUCAGAGUGUGGGAAGAGAUUCAGUCAUAAUAGCAGUCUUCAAAGUCAUCAAAAAACCCACACAGGGGAGAAGCCUUAUGAAUGCUCAGAGUGUGGGAAGAAAUUCACUGACAGUAGCACUCUUCAAAAUCAUCUAAGAACCCACACAGGGGAGAAGCCUUUUGAAUGCUCUGAGUGUGGGAAAAGAUUCAGUCAGAGUAGCAAUCUUCUAAGUCAUCUAAGAACCCACACAGGGGAGAAGCCUUAUGAAUGCUCAGACUGUGGGAAGAGAUUCAGUCACAGUGGCAGUCUCAAUUAUCAUCAAAGAAGCCACACGGGGCAGAAGCCUUUUGAAUGCCCAGAGUGUUGGAAGAGAUUCAUUCAGAGUGGUGAUUUUCAAAGUCAUCUACGAACCCACACAGGGGAAAAGCCUUUUGAAUGCUCGGAGUGUGGGAAGAGAUUCAGUCGGAGUGACAACCUUCGAAGUCAUCUAAGAGCCCACACAGGAGAGAAACCUUUUGAAUGCUCAGAGUGUGGGAAGAGAUUUAGUGACACUAGCAAUCUUCUAAGUCAUCUAAGAACCCACACAGGGGAGAAGCCUUAUGAAUGCUCAGAGUGUGGGAAGAGAUUCAAACACAGCAGCAGUCUUCAAAAGCAUCAAAGAACCCACACAGGGGAGAAGCCUUUUGAAUGCCCAGAGUGUGGGAAGAGAUUUAGUCAGAGGAGCAGUCUUCAUCUGCAUAAAAGAUCCCACACAGGGGAGCCUUUUGAAUGUUCAGAAUGUGGGAAAAGAUUCAGUUGCAGUAGUAAUCUUCAAAAGCAUCAAGGAGUCCACCUAGGGAGUCGGCCUGCAAUGAAAUCAGACAAUUUAGGAAACAAUGGUUCUGUUGAGGCUUGUCCCACAAGCCAAAAGUCUAGGUGCCGGCACAACGGUCCUUUCCACAAGAUGUGGGGAGGAUCCGUGAAGGCAGAAGCAGAGUUCUCUGAGGCAGAAGGAGCUCCGUCAGAGGAAGGUCAGAGGGCGCAGGCCCCGGAGUGUGCCCAUGAUGGUAAGUGGCAGCGAAGAGACGUUAUCAAGCCGUAUUCUUUGCAGAGAAGUGGAAAUGCUCUCUCAACCUCUGGUUCAGCAGGAGAUGAUCAGAGGAAUGGGGAGGAUGAGGAACUGCAUCAUCUGUCAUCCGAUGAAAUCAAGAAUGAAGAUGUGAGAAGAAAUGUCAGGACUCAAAGCACGUCUCAGAGGCAGGAAUUCAGGCAAAGGAGAGAUUCAUUUACAGUGGCAAAGCCUAUUGAAUGCUCACAGUGUGGGAAGAGAUUCAGUCACAGUAGCAAUCUUCUAAAACACCAAAGAACACACACAGGGGAGAAGCCUUAUGAAUGCUCAGAGUGUGGGAAGAGAUUCAGUCAGAACAGCAAUCUUCAAAGUCAUCUAAGAACUCACACAGGAGAGAAACCUUUUGAAUGCUCAGAGUGUGGGAAGACAUUCAGCUACAAUAGCAAUCUUCAAAGUCAUCUAAGAGCCCACACAGGAGAGAAACCUUUUGAAUGCUCAGAGUGUGGGAAGAGAUUCAGUCAUAACAGUAGUCUUCAAAGUCACCUAAGAACCCACACUGGGGAAAAGCCUUUUGAAUGCUCAGAGUGUGGGAAGGGAUUCUGCUACAGUGGCCAUUUUCAACUUCAUCUAAGAACCCACACAGGAGAGAAACCUUUUGAAUGCUUAGAGUGUGGGAAGAGAUUCAGUCAUAACAGUAGUCUUCAAAGUCACCUAAGAACCCACACUGGGGAAAAGCCUUUUAAAUGCUCAGAGUGUGGGAAGAGAUUCAGUCAGAGUAGCAAUCUUCAAAGUCAUCACAGAACCCACACAGGGGAAAAGCCUUUUGAAUGCACAGAGUGUGCGAAGAGAUUCAGUCGGAGUGGCAAUCUUCGAAGUCAUCAAAAAACCCACACAGGGGAGAAGCCUUUUAAAUGCUCAGAGUGUGGGAAGAAAUUCACUGACAGUAGCACUCUUCAACAACAUCUAAGAACCCACAAAAGGGAGAAGCCUUUUGAAUGCUCACAGUGUGGGAAGAGAUUCAGCCACAGUUGCUAUCUUCAACUGCAUAAAAGAUCCCACACAGGGGAGAAGCCUUUUGAAUGCUCAGAGUGUGGGAAGAGAUUCAGUCAGAACAGCAAUCUUCAAAGUCAUCUAAGAACUCACACAGGAGAGAAACCUUUUGAAUGCUCAGAGUGUGGGAAGACAUUCAGCUACAAUAGCCAUCUUCAAAAGCAUCAGAGAAACCACAAAGGAGAGAAACCUUUUGAAUGCUCAGAGUGUGGGAAGAGAUUCAGUCAUAAUACCAAUCUUCAAAGUCAUCUAAGAGCCCACACAGGAGAGAAACCUUUUGAAUGCUCAGAGUGUGGGAAGAGAUUCAGUCAGAACAGUAGUCUUCAAAGUCAUCUAAGAACCCACACAGGGGAAAAACCUUUUGAAUGCACGGAGUGUGGGAAGAGAUUCAGUUGGAGUAACAAUCUUCGAAGUCAUCAAAAAACCCACACAGGGGAGAAGCCUUUUGAAUGCUCAGAGUGUGGCAAGAGAUUUAGUGACACUAGCAAACUUCUCAGUCAUCUAAGAACCCACACAGGGGAGAAGCCUUAUGUAUGCUCAGAGUGUGGGAAGAGAUUCAAACACAGCAGCAGUCUUCAAAAGCAUCAUAGAACCCACACAGGGGAGAAGUCUUUUGAAUGCCCAGAGUGUGGGAAGAGAUUCAGUCAGAACAGUAGUCUUCAAAGUCACCUAAGAACCCACACUGGGGAAAAGCCUUUUGAAUGCUCAGAGUGUGGGAAGAGAUUCCGCUACAGUGGCCAUUUUCAAUUUCAUCUACGAACCCACACAGGGGAGAAGCCUUUUGAAUGCUCAGAGUGUGGGAAGAGAUUCAGUCAUAAUAGCAGUCUUCAAAGUCAUCAAAAAACCCACACAGGGGAGAAGCCUUUUAAAUGCUCAGAGUGUGGGAAGAAAUUCACUGACAGUAGCACUCUUCAAAAUCAUCUAAGAACCCACACAGGGGAGAAGCCUUUUGAAUGCUCUGAGUGUGGGAAAAGAUUCAGUCAGAGUAGCAAUCUUCUAAGUCAUCUAAGAACCCACACAGGGGAGAAGUCUUAUGAAUGCUCAGACUGUGGGAAGAGAUUCAGUCACAGUGGCAGUCUCAAGUAUCAUCAAAGAACCCACACGGGGCAGAAGCCUUUUGAAUGCCCAGAGUGUUGGAUGAGAUUCAUUCAGAGUGGUGAUUUUCAAAGUCAUCUACGAACCCACACAGGGGAAAAGCCUUUUGAAUGCUCGGUGUGUGGGAAGAGAUUCAGUCGGAGUGACAACCUUCGAAGUCAUCUAAGAGCCCACACAGGAGAGAAACCUUUUGAAUGCUCAGAGUGUGGGAAGAGAUUUAGUGACACUAGCAAUCUUCUAAGUCAUCUAAGAACCCACACAGGGGAGAAGCCUUAUGAAUGCUCAGAGUGUGGGAAGAGAUUCAAACACAGCAGCAGUCUUCAAAAGCAUCAAAGAACCCACACAGGGGAGAAGCCUUUUGAAUGCCCAGAGUGUGGGAAGAAAUUUAACCCCUUGUUUCCCAUCGUGUCUAAUAUGACCGAUCAACUCACCAACUUUCCGUCGCUGGCGAAGUCCUGA